UCAGUUCGCACUCAGAGUCAGUAAAAGAGUGCAAAAAUAAAAUAAUUCCAAAUCUAACUGUAAAAGAGAAAUUAAUCCAGUUAUUUGCCAAUCGUAACAUCGUAAUUUUUUUAUAAUUUUAAACAAAUAAUGAUCUAAACUGUGAUUGUCGAAAAAGUAUUAUUCAACUAACUUCAAUAAAACCAAUGGAAGAAACUAUGGACGAUUGCAAGGAAUUCACAAAAGAAAAGCAUGCAAAGUAUUUUCUAAGAUGCUUGAAUGCUUUGCCCUCUUCAAUGGUGUCACUGGAUUCCAUAAGACUUUCAAUGUCAUUCUUUGCUAUAUCUGGUCUUGAUGUGUUGGGAAGAUUGGAUUUGCUAGACAAGCACAGAAAAGAAUACAUAAAUUGGAUAUAUCUCUUCCAGAUUUUACCAAAAUAUGGUGAUGAGUGUCUAGAACGUUGUGGAUUCAGAGGAUCACUUGCUGCCACGUUUGCCCUUGAAAGUCAAGACAGUAGUCAGAUUGCCAGUAUUGAAAACAAAGGGUCAGUUUCAAGUCAUCCCUUAGAUACUUCACAUAUUACAAUGACAUAUGCAGCAAUCAAUACCCUCCUCAUUCUUGGUGAUGAUCUGGGGAGGAUACAAAGAAAAGGAAUUUUAGCUGGUGUUAGAGCUCUUCAGCUGGAAAAUGGAAGUUUUGCCGCCACUUUGGAAGGUAGUGAGAGUGACGUUCGUUUCGUGUACUGCGCUUGCUGUAUUUGCUACAUAUUGCAGGAUUGGUCAGUUAUAAACAUUGAAAGCGCCACAAACUACAUCGUGAAUUCAAUUAGCUAUGAUGGAGCUAUUGGACAAGACCGAAAUCAAGAAGGACAUGCUGGCCUGACAUUUUGUGGAAUAGCAGCCCUUAGUUUGAUGGGAACGCUUGAAACAGCUCUGAGUUCAAAUCAGAAAGCAAAACUUGUACGCUGGCUCGUCUCCCGUCAACAAAGUGGAUUUCAAGGUCGGCCGAACAAACUACCAGUUGAUACCUGCUAUUCAUUCUGGGUUCCAGCGACACUAAAAAUCCUUGGUGCUCACCAAUUUAUCGACCGUAAAAGUAACCGGAAAUUUGUUUUGGAUACUCAAUGCAAUAUCAUUGGAGGAUUAUCAAAGUGGAUUGAUCACUCAAGUGAUCCGCUACACUCGUAUUUAGGUCUUGCUGGGUUAAGUGUAUGCGAAGAGACUGAUUUGGUAGAGGAGAUUCAUCCUGCAUUGAACGUGACAAAGAGAGCUUUCGAACACUGGCAAAAGCUCUUUGAUAACUAAUCAGCCUAAAUUUCAUCGAUGCAACCCUAUUAUGCACAACUUUUCUUGACUGAUUUCACACCUCAUAUUGUCAAUUAUUUGUCAACAUGUAUUCACGAUCCCAACGAGCUCAAACAUAUACGUUAAAAUCCAUA